GUCCGGCCUGCAGGACGUGUUGCACCUGUUCCAGGACGCGGCUCUGUUGAAUGUGGACUGUGUGGAUCCAGACCUGCAGACCGGUCUGGGAGUUCUCUUUAACCUGAGCUCGGACUUUAACAAGGCGGUGGAAGCGUUCACCGCAGCGCUGUCCGUCAGACCGCAGGAUUACCUGCUGUGGAACCGUCUGGGCGCCACAUUGGCAAACGGCGACCGCAGCGAAGAGGCGGUGGAGGCCUACACCCGAGCUCUAGAGCUGCAGCCCGGAUUCAUCCGGUCCAGAUACAACCUGGGGAUCAGCUGCAUAAACCUGGGAGCACACAGGGAGGCGGUCAGUAACUUCCUGACGGCUCUGAACCAGCAGAGGCGGAGUCAACGCUGCAGCCAGCAACAGAUGUCGGCUAACAUCUGGGCCGCCCUGCGAAUCGCCGUCUCCAUGAUGGACCGACCCGAGCUGUUCCAGGCGGCCAGCGUGGGGGACCUAGACCUGCUGAUGAGGGUGUUUGACGUGGGCGACGUGUGACGGAGGGACUGACGGGUUCAGGUCGCACCAGAGACUGAGCUCUUUGGUUUCAAACCAAAGAGCUGGACCACCCUUUGCAGUAUAACAGCACAACCCUUUAGCUUCCUGUCCGAGUGGCGAUCAGAGAGACGUGAAGACUUGACGGUUCUACAGGUCCUUAACGAGUCCUUAACGAGUCCUUAACGAGUCCUUAGGGAGUAUUUAACGAGUCCUUAACAAGUCCUUAGGGAGUAUUUAACGAGUCCUUAACGAGUCCUUAGGGAGUAUUUAACGAGUCCUUAACGAGUCCUUAGGGAGUAUUUAACGAGUCCUUAACGAGUCCUUAACGUGCUCUUUAAGAAUCCUUAAGGAGUCCUUAUCGAGCUUUUUAAGAAUCCUUAAGGAGUCCUUAACGAGCUCUUUAAGAAUCCUUAAGGAGUCCUUAACGAGCUCUUUAAGAAUCCUUAAGGAGUCCUUAACGAGCUCUUUAAGAAUCCUUGAAGAGUCCUUAGGGAGUAUUUAACGAGUCCUUAACGAGUCCUUAACGAGCUCUUUAAGAAUCCUUAAGGAGUCCUUAGGGAGUAUUUAACGAGUCCUUAACGAGUCCUUAACGAGCUCUUUAAGAAUCCUUAAGGAGUCCUUAACGAGCUCUUUAAGAAUCCUUAAGGAGUCCUUAGGGAGUAUUUAACGAGUCCUUAACGAGCUCUUUAAGAAUCCUUAAGGAGUCCUUAACGAGCUCUUUAAGAAUCCUUAAGGAGUCCUUAAGGAGCUCUUUAAGAAUCCUUAAGGAGUCCUUAGCGAGCUCUUUAAGAAUCCUUAAGGAGUCCUUAGGGAGUAUUUAACGAGUCCUUAACGAGUCCUUAACGAGCUCUUUAAGAAUCCUUAAGGAGUCCUUAGGGAGUAUUUAACGAGUCCUUCACGAGUCCUUAACGAGCUCUUUAAGAAUCCUUAAGGAGUCCUUAAGGAGCUCUUUAAGAAUCCUUAAGGAGUCCUUAACGAGCUCUUUAACAAUCCUUAAAGAGUCCUUAGGGAGUAUUUAACGAGUCCUUAACGAGUCCUUAACGAGCUCUUUAAGAAUCCUUAAGGAGUCCUUAAGGAGUCCUUAAUGAGCUCUUUAAGAAUCCUUAAGGAGUCCUUAACGAGCUCUUUAAGAAUCCUUAAGGAGUCCUUAACGAGUCCUUAACGAGCUCUUUAAGAAUCCUUAAGGAGUCCUUAACGAGCUCUUUAAGAAUCCUUAAGGAGUCCUUAAGGAGUCCUUAACGAGCUCUUUAAGAAUCCUUAAGGAGUCCUUAAGUCCAACAUGCUCUCACUUUAGUCUAAAAAACGGUCAGUAAAAGUGUCGGGAACGAGUCAGCUAGGUGUUAAAGUGACACAACAUGUGAUGUCACAGCACCCCAUGACAUCACUGUGACAUCACUGUGACAAACGGUGUGAGACUUUCACCACCAGAGGGCAGCAGAGUUACUCUUUAGAUUUUAAUUUUAAUUUAUUUUGAUAGUUUUAAAAAUAAAUAAAUAUAGAGGCAAUAAACACACAGGUGUCAUUGGGUCAUGUUUCCUGUUUUACUUGUUUUCGCCCGUUUGUCUCCAUAAGUCAACAGAAUCAUUUGAUCACAUGUUAAAUAAUCAACUCUUUCCUUUAAUAUUUACUCAUCAGUCAGUGUAACAUUAAACUUCUUGAGCAAAUAUUUCACCUUAAAGUUGUCCAAAAACGUGUGUAGCCAUAAUCCUCAGCAGGCUUUUAAUGUGAAAUAUCUGCAGGAAGUUUAUGGAAGACUAAAAGUAUCGUCCUCAUGCCGUCAGUCUGUCAAACCCUCAGAGCAGCUUUGUUUCAGCUGCUGUCUCCCCACAUGCCCACUCUCUUCUGAUUGGCCAACUCUCUGGAAGCGUUACGGGGGUGCAGAACGCUGCAGGGCUGCCAGGCGAGGGCUGCUCUCCAGAGCUGGGAGAAGAGAGUCUAUGUAAGAGGUUUCAGAGGCUUAUCUUGGUUUCAUAUCGGGGAACUAUGGCGUGAUUUACAGGAGGAGUUGUUUAGCGCCCUCUGCAGACCCAUGCUGGGAUUACUCCAACACACGUUUACCUCCUGAAACUUAGCCCACGUUUAGUUUGAGCAUCCAGCAUUGUAACACGGCUUUAAAUAUGACUGUAAGACACCAAAUAACCACAGAUCUUUCAUUUCAACAUAUUUAACUUCAAACGUUGCACGAUGUAAUCUUUGUAAUCUUUUCAGCUCUGAAACAGCUUUUGUUGAUUUGUGUCCGCCGAGGCUCUUAUUUUGAAGGCCUCCGCUGUUUGUAGAUCUGUGUGGUCACUUCCUACCUGUCGUUGGCUCUCAGGUGAAUCUUCAGUUCGAUGGACAACAAGUCAAAGCUGCAGCACUUUCUCUGCUCGAUGCACAAAAAUAUUUAUACAGCUUCAGAUAUCAAACAUGUAACCUUGAAUGAAUAAAUAAUAACGAUAUAUUCCUGUCAAGUCACGUUCAGUUUGUUGAAGAACCAAAGGUCAAAGGUCCUGCUGAGAACUCAACGUGCAGCAGCGAGAGCAAGAAGAAAUCACAGUCACAGGGUUUCAUUUAAAAGACUCAUGUUUACUUCUUAUUCAAACAAAAUUAAAAACAGGACAGUUCUGGUGUUUUCACACCCGGGAACCGUUUUUAAAUUUAAAAUAAAUAGGUCAGAGAAGUUUUAGAAUUGCUUUCAGUUGAUAGUUCGAGCCUGCAGCUGUGAAACAGGCUGUAAUAUCUUUCUUUCAAGCCACCAAACUUCAUUGAGAAAAAUAGUAAUUUAAGCGAUCAUGAGUGGCUGAUGUACCGCUGCGUAGUCACUUUGUUUGUUUGUGUGACUCACAAUAACACAAAUCUGUGCAGCAGUAGAGCAGCAACUCCUGUCCUGUGAGGUCAAAUUUCUGAUUUUAUCGAUGUAGUGUGGUCGGUUUGUAGAGAGGAAUGUAACAGCUGUUUGUGUAAAUCAUCUUCCUCCAUCCACUCAUUAUCUUCGGCUUAUCUGAGUUUGCGUUGCGGUGGCAGCAGGCGAAAUAAGUCAACCCAGACGCCCCUCUUCCUAGCAACGAUCUCCAGCUCCUCCUCAGGAUUCUGAGGCAUUCCCCAGGCCAGACGGGAUAUAAAACCCCUCCAGCUAACUCUGGGUCUACCUCUACGUCUCCUCUCAGUUGGAAAACCCCGGAAAACCUCCAAAGGGUUUUCUUUCUUUAAAGGAGCAGUAUGUAACUCUGACCCCUAGUGUUUAAAAUGGGUAC